AUGCCCCUCAACUCAAAAGCCGUCUACGCCAAGGCGAACCCCGAUUAUGUGCCCUUUGCCAGUCGCCGGAGCACCGUCCACAGCUCUCAUGGCAUCGUCGCCUGCACUCAGCCCUUGGCUGCCGCUGCCGGUCAUCGCAUUCUGACCCAGGGUGGUAAUGCCGCGGAUGCCGCCGUCGCCGUCGCCGCCGCCAUCAACAUGUCGGAGCCCUGCUCCACUGGAAUCGGGGGCGACAUGUUCUGCCUUUUCUACAACUCCAAGACCAAGAAAGUUCACGCCUUGAACGGCUCUGGUCGUUACCCCGGCGCUGGCAGUCUGGAAAAAGUGCGCAAGGAGUUGAAGCUCGCCCCCGGUGAGUCGGGCAGCAUCCCUAUGCUGAGCGCGCUGGCCACGACAACCCCCGGUGCCGCUGCUGGCUGGGUAGACACAGUCGAAAAGUUUGGUAGCGGCAAGCUAUCCCUAGAACAAAUCCUGCAACCGGCUAUCGAGAUGGGCGAGCAAGGAUUCCCCGUUUCCGAACUUGCCUCUCAUGGCUGGCACGGCUCUGAAAAUGAUAUUCGGAAUGCGUCACCUAAUUUCCGCGAGAUGCUGAAGGAUGACUCCUCGGCCAAGGACGGCGUGCGUGCCCCGCUACCAGGCGAUAUUAUGAAGAACCCCACAUUGGCGAAGACCUUCCGCACUCUCGCAGCCGAGGGGAAGAAGGGCUUCUAUCAGGGCCGCAUUGCCGAACAGAUCGUCAAGGUGGUAAAGGAUCUUGGUGGUUUCAUGACUCUCGAGGAUUUGGCCUAUCACGCCGAGGUUGGCACCCAAGAAGUCGAUCCCAUCUCGCUUGAGUUCACCGGACAGGAUAUCGUGUCCAAGCAGACCCCCGGAACUGAUGGUACCCCCAACAAGGGCGUCCGUGUUUGGGAGCACCCGCCCAAUGGGCAGGGUAUCGUGGCACUCAUGGCCCUCGGUAUCAUGGAAGAGCUCGAGCGAACAGGCAAGAUCCCCAAGUUCCGUGAGGAUCAACACAAUUCCCCCGAGUAUCUACAUGCUGUCAUUGAGAGUCUGCGGAUUGCUUUCGCUGAUGCCGCCUGGUGGGUGACCGACCCCGACGUGGAAAAGGUUCCCUCGCAAGGCCUACUAGCACGCGAGUAUCUGGCUGAGCGCGCGAAAUUGUUCUCCCCCGAGCGUACAUCCGAUCUUCUGGAUCACGGCAGCCCUGCUCACAACCACUGCGAUACCGUGUAUUUCAACGUCACAGACCGCGAAGGAAAUGGCAUCUCCUUCAUCAACAGCAACUAUGCCGGCUUCGGCACUGCCAUCAUCCCCGCUGGUUGUGGUUUCACCCUGCAGAACCGUGGCGCCAACUUCUCCCUCGAGCCGGGCCACCCGAAUGCUUUGGCGCCGCACAAGCGACCAUACCACACCAUCAUCCCUGCCCUGAUCACCAAUGUGGCUGAUGAUUCCUUGCACUCCGUAUAUGGUGUAAUGGGCGGAUUCAUGCAGCCUCAGGGCCACGUACAAGUCCUUCUCAACAUGCUCGCCUUUGGUUACCACCCGCAAGCAGCUCUGGACUCCCCCCGCAUCUGCCUCGCCGCACCGACAGAGGAAGAUAAGGACCGCACCGUCUAUGUGGAGGAGGGAAUCAGCGACGCAACCGUGGAGGGCCUGCGCAAUCUCGGCCACAAGGUCGAGGUACUUGCCGGCUGGAAGCGCUCCAUGUUUGGCCGUGGCCAGGUCAUUCGUCUGCACUAUGACGAAGGGAAGCCGGUCUACAGUGCCGGCAGUGACCAGCGCGGGGAUGGAAUGGCAUUCCCUCUGUUGUAA